CAUCCCAUCCCAGUUACUCUCUGUCUUUCUCUCUCCUCCCUCUCUUUCUAUCUCAAACCUCUCAGAAGCCACAUAGUCUAUGUCAUUUGUGGCAGAGCAUGAACUCCAACACUUCGAUUUCUCAGUCAAUGGCUACAUCAACAACCGCCAGUGAUGGUUCUGGCAAGAAGGUGAGAAAGCCUUACACCAUCACCAAGUCCAGGGAGAGCUGGACUGAGGAAGAACACGACAAGUUUCUCGAAGCUCUUCAAUUAUUUGACAGGGAUUGGAAGAAAAUUGAAGAUUUUGUAGGUUCAAAAACAGUUAUUCAGAUACGAAGCCAUGCCCAAAAAUACUUCCUGAAAGUUCAAAAGAAUGGGACAGUAGCACAUGUGCCUCCUCCUCGUCCUAAGCGCAAAGCUGCUCAUCCUUACCCUCAAAAGGCAUCAAAAAAUGUUUUGUUGCCACUUCCAGCAUCCAUUGCUUAUGCUUCUUCUACAAAUACCCUUGCACCUCGGUAUACCACAUGGGAUGAAACUUCCCUGCUGAUGAAUGCCGGAUCCAAUAAAUCCAUGAUCUGUCAGGAUGAGUUCAACAACCUUCAUGGAAAUGAAGCUGAUAUUGGAUCAAACGGGAUAACACAGAUUAGCAACAGCAGUCUUAGUGGUGUUGGGAACUCUACUAGAAUGAUACCAACUUCUGACAUAUCAAAGCAAGGGAAACAAGCUCCUGUUCUUCAUGGUUUGCCAGACUUUUCUGAAGUUUACAGUUUCAUUGGAAGUGUUUUUGAUCCAGAUACGAACGGCCAUGUUCAGAAGCUGAAGGAAAUGGAUCCUAUAAAUUUUGAAACUGUCUUAUUGUUAAUGAGAAAUCUUACUGUCAACUUGUCUAGCCCUGACUUUGAGCCCAUUAAGGAGGUAUUGUCAACAUAUGAUGUCAAUUCAUUGGCAGUAGGAGUUACUGCAGGAAUUGAUGUCAAGCCGCAGACAAAUGAUCUAUCGUGUCAAACCGCUUAACCACAAGCAAUUUGUUGAUUGUUCACUAGGUCAAACUUGGAUGGAAGACACAGGUUUUGCUCAGCCAGCAGCAGCAAGGCAUAGGAGUGUCUUGCAAUUGCUGUAAAGCCUGUAAAUGUAACCAUAGUCCUUUGACCACAGCCAUGAUAGUAUAUGUGUAUAUGUUAGAAAGCUGAAGAGCACAACAUAUUUUUCAGCUGAUUCUAUGGUCCAUAACAACUGUUGUCUUAACUAUUUUAGAGAUAUUACCUUCGAGUAGACACAUAGGUCUAUGUUAUUAUAUAAGAUAUUUUUAAUGGUAUAGAUGUAUCAAAGAAGAGAAAAUGGAGAGGGGCUAAUUAUUGUCUAUUAUCAGUGAUUCAGUGUGGCUUUUGGUUGCCAAAUUUGUGUGAAGUCACACUUCGACAUACUUCCGUUUCGUGUUUCAGUUUUGUGAG